UUUAACUUUGUAUCGAUUAAAUUUCUAAUUAUUAAGUUUCGUUUCAUCUUUUACAACUCCGAUCGUGUAAGCUAACAGCUCUAGUCGGUGAUUACAUUUCACAUCCAUCGUGGAAAGUAUUCGAUUGUUCAAAGCAUGAUGUUUAGGUCGAUUCAAAAAAUUAUUUCCAGCUCCACUGAUCGAUUCGGAAUCAAACGAUUCCUGGGGCCUCGUCGUGCUCCUCUAUGGGCUCGGGCUCUUAGUGAGCCCCAACAAAGAUUUGGUCGUGCGCAUCAAUGGGCUCUUACUGGGCCUCAUGAUGAAUUUGGUCGUGCGCCUCUAUGGGCUGGGCUUCAGCAUGGGUUUUGUCGAUUCGGCAGCCAAGCAACUCCACCAUAUUCGCCGCCCGAGGUGCUCAAAACCGUGAUGUGGUGGGAUGUUGAUUCCUGUCCUCUUCCUCCCACGUAUGAUGCCCGCUAUUUGGGACCAAACAUUAGACAAGCCCUUGAACGGAUGAAUUUCAAAGGUCAUCUCACUAUUCAUGCUUUCGGGAAUACAAAUCUUGUGGAUGAAUCCAAGCUGCUGCAGCUUAGUUCUACUGGGAUUUACCUGCACCACAUCCCAAGAGGCAACAAAGAAUCCGCCCACAAAAAGAUCAUUGUAGAUUUGAUGUCUUAUGCUUUGGACAACGGCAUGGAUACUAACAUCAUGUUAGUAUCGGGACAUCGGGAUUACUCCGAUUGUCUUCCCAAACUCGCCGCCCGUCGUUUUACUGUAUUGCUAGCGCAACCGGAGGAGCAUGCAACAAAAUCUAGCAUCUUUGCGGCAAAGUAUGUGUGGAUUUGGAGUAGACUACUAGCAGGAGAAGGCGCUCUCACAGAAACCGAAAUGUCAGAGCUCUAUUCCAAAGCAAAAUAGCUAGAGGUUUCACGAAGUAAAUUUGGCUCUGACGUGAAGAAUAAGAAAGCGAUGUCUAUCUUGUUUUUGUAUUCUCUUAGGUCGGUCUAGUUUUAUACUAUUUUCUUAGGUCGGUCAUGUCAUGAGGGGUUAUUUUAGCAGCUGGCUAGUGCUGAAGCAGAGAACAAUAUAUUUUGAUUAUCUUUC